CCUCUAGCUUUCAUCACUGCGCAGGCCGCGUAGAAUUAGGGCCGCUUUUUUGCAAUUACAAUACUUGACAAAGUUCAGUCUGACUUGGAUUGAAUUGAGGACUUCAUCUGUGCUGUAAAAUGGCAAGUUCGGUUUUUAGGACGUUGACGGCGCCCCUGCGCCACGCUGGCCGCCGUCAGCUGUCUACGGCCAAGCGGACCGUCACGCUGAUCCCGGGCGACGGCAUCGGGCCGGAGAUCAGCUCCGCCGUCCAGCAGAUAUUCGCCUCGGCCGGGGUGCCGGUGGACUGGGAGUCGGUGGACGUGACGCCGGUCCGCGGUCCAGACGGCAUCUUCGGCAUCCCCCAGUCGGCAAUCGACUCGGUCAACAAGAACAAGAUCGGCCUGAAGGGGCCGCUGAUGACACCCGUCGGCAAGGGGCACAGGUCGCUGAACCUGGCUCUGCGCAAGGAGUUUAACCUGUACGCGAAUGUACGCCCGUGCCGCUCCAUCGACGGCUACGAGACGCUGUACAAGGACGUGGAUUUGGUCACCAUCCGAGAGAACACUGAGGGCGAGUACUCGGGCAUCGAGCACGAGAUCGUGCCGGGCGUGGUCCAGAGCAUCAAGCUAAUCACCGAGCCCGCCUCCAUGCGCGUCGCAGAGUUCGCCUUCAACUACGCCAAGGCCAACGGCCGCAGCAAGGUCACGGCUGUCCACAAGGCCAACAUCAUGCGCCUGUCGGAUGGCACGUUCCUGAACUGCUGCCGGGUGGUGGCCGAACAGAACCCGGACAUUAAGUUCGAGGAGCGCUACCUGGACACGGUGUGCCUCAACAUGGUGCAGGACCCGUCGCAGUACGACGUGCUCGUCAUGCCCAACCUGUACGGCGACAUCCUGUCCGACCUGUGCGCGGGCCUGGUCGGAGGACUGGGCGUCACGCCCAGCGGCAACGUCGGCAUGGGUGGCGCCAUCUUUGAGUCGGUGCACGGCACGGCGCCGGACAUCGCUGGCCAGGACCUGGCCAACCCGACGGCGCUGCUCCUCUCGGCCGUCAUGAUGCUCAGACACAUGGAGCUGACCGACCUCGGCGACCGCAUCGAGACGGCCUGCUUCGACGUCAUCCGAGAGGGCCGCUACCGCACCGGCGACCUGGGCGGCUCGGCCAAGUGCUCCGAGUUCACCAACGCCAUCUGCGACAAGCUGUAGGAAGCGCGACUGCCGGUGUCGCCCGCAGGCGGCGCCGUAGUGCUGCAGGUAGCAACCCGCGUGAAGACAGAUCAACUCAGUGCAAUUCAGUCAGUCUCCCGUCGCAACAGUGGCCACGUCUCCACGGCUUAGGACAGUUCGCCGUCUGACCGUUGCCGCGCCACUCCCCAUGCGGUCGCUCGCCGCGCUAUUUAUUACGGCGUUUCGCGCGGCUGGCCCGAGAUGACGCCGUUGCUCGGUUUUACUCCUCCCCAUCCUCCACCCCACCUCCCCCACCCCCCACUCAGCGAGCCGGCAGUCUGGGAGGGUGACACCGGCGACGCGCGGGGUGCCUUCGGCCAGCCGCGCCAGCUCGUGGAGGCCGGAGGUCUGCCGCCGCCGCCGCCGCCGCCACCACCGCCACCACCGGCGUCUGCAUAGUGCAAUCUAUUUAGUCAACACUCGGGCUGUUGUCGGUGUCAACAGGAGGCGAGCGGAAUUGCGCUCAUCUGGAGAGCGCGCCGACGGUGUCGGCGUCAGGCAGCCGCCGGGAGCCCAUCUCCUCCCCCCCCCCCCGUCCCCGUCACCUCGUCGGUCGGCCUGCCGGGCCGUCUAUCGUGCCGGCUGGGCCGGCGCCGCGCCGCCUCUCUCACCCGGCCGAUUGUUUCGCCCAGUGCUCCGUCUCCGGCCGCCGGCGGCCUCAUGGCUGGCGCGCGCGGACCGAGCGGCCCGGCUGGCCGGCCGCCGCGCCACGGGCACGGAGGCGGCAGGACACCGAAUGUCGUAUCGCCGUCACUGCAGUGGCAGACGGGAUCCCCUCCUUGUCUCUGUCAUAUUUUCUUUUAUAUUAUCUAUAUAUAUAUAU